AUUCCUGUGGGGCGCGGGGCAUGGAGGAGCUGUGCGGCCGCAGGCGGAGCAGGGCGGCCCGGGCGGCGGCGGGGACAACGGUUUCCCUUUGAAGGGGACGGCCAGAGCCCGAGUGACCAGCGGCGGCGGGGAGGACUAGUCCCCGGGCAGUUUGGUUCCCUGGUUGUCAGAUGUUGGAAAGCAGUAGGACGGAACAUACUCUUCCUGGUUGUGUAUCCGUUCUGGGGUGCAGCAGUUAACAUUGAACUUUGGUUCCUGUGCCUCCUGCCUGUGUAGAUAAACUGGAGCUCUACUUCGAAAGAUAAAUAAAGCACAGCCUCUCAACUGGACAUAAAUGGAUCUAAAGACAGCAGUAUUUAACGCAGCUCGGGAUGGCAAACUCCGGCUUCUCACCAAAUUGUUGGCAAGCAAAUCCAAAGAGGAGGUUUCCUCCUUGAUCUCUGAAAAAACCAAUGGGGCCACGCCCCUCUUGAUGGCCGCCAGGUACGGGCACCUUGACAUGGUCGAAUUCCUCCUAGAGCAGUGCAGUGCUUCCAUAGAAGUUGGGGGCUCCGUCAAUUUUGAUGGCGAAACCAUUGAGGGGGCUCCCCCUUUAUGGGCUGCUUCUGCAGCAGGACAUCUGAAGGUGGUCCAGUCCUUGUUAAAUCAUGGAGCAUCUGUCAACAACACGACUUUAACCAAUUCAACUCCUCUUCGAGCUGCGUGUUUCGAUGGCCAUUUGGAAAUAGUGAAGUACCUCGUAGAACACAAAGCUGAUUUGGAAGUGUCAAACCGACAUGGGCAUACGUGCUUGAUGAUUUCAUGUUACAAAGGACAUAAAGAGAUUGCUCAGUAUUUACUUGAAAAGGGGGCAGAUGUUAAUAGAAAAAGUGUUAAAGGUAAUACUGCAUUGCAUGAUUGUGCAGAAUCUGGAAGUUUGGACAUCAUGAAGAUGCUUCUUAUGUAUUGUGCCAAGAUGGAAAAGGAUGGUUACGGAAUGACUCCCCUUCUCUCGGCGAGUGUGACUGGUCACACAAACAUUGUGGAUUUCCUGACACACCAUGCACAGACCAGCAAGACAGAACGUAUUAAUGCGCUAGAGCUGCUGGGAGCUACAUUUGUAGACAAAAAAAGAGAUCUGCUUGGGGCUUUGAAAUACUGGAAAAAGGCAAUGAACAUGAGGUACAGUGAUAGAACUAAUAUUAUUAGUAAACCAGUGCCACAGACACUAAUAAUGGCUUAUGAUUAUGCCAAGGAGGUGAACAGUGCGGAAGAGCUAGAAGGUCUUAUUGCUGAUCCUGAUGAGAUGAGAAUGCAGGCACUAUUAAUCAGAGAACGUAUUCUUGGUCCUUCUCAUCCUGAUACCUCUUACUAUAUUAGAUAUAGAGGUGCUGUCUAUGCAGACUCUGGAAAUUUCAAACGAUGCAUCAACCUAUGGAAGUAUGCUUUGGAUAUGCAGCAGAGCAAUUUGGAUCCUUUAAGCCCAAUGACUGCCAGCAGCUUAUUAUCUUUUGCAGAACUAUUCUCCUUUAUGCUACAGGAUAGGGCUAAAGGCCUGCUGGGUACUACUGUUACAUUUGAUGAUCUUAUGGGCAUACUUUGCAAAAGCGUCCUUGAAAUAGAGCGAGCUAUCAAACAAACUCAGUGUCCAGCUGACCCAUUACAGUUAAAUAAGGCCCUUUCUAUUAUUUUGCACUUAAUUUGCUUGUUAGAGAAAGUUCCUUGUACUCUAGAACAGGACCAUUUCAAAAAGCAGACUAUAUACAGGUUUCUUAAGCUGCAUCCAAGGGGAAAGAAUAACUUCAGCCCUCUUCAUCUGGCUGUGGACAAGAAUACUACAUGUGUAGGGCGGUACCCUGUUUGUAAAUUUCCAUCUCUACAAGUUACUGCGAUACUGAUAGAAUGUGGUGCUGAUGUGAACGUCAGAGACUCGGAUGACAACAGUCCCCUACAUAUCGCUGCUCUUAACAAUCAUCCAGACAUCAUGAAUCUCCUUAUUAAAUCAGGUGCACAUUUUGAUGCCACAAACUUGCACAAACAAACUGCUAGUGACUUGCUGGAUGAGAAGGAAAUAGCUAAAAAUUUGAUCCAGCCUAUAAAUCAUACCACAUUGCAGUGUCUUGCUGCUCGUGUCAUAGUGAAUCAUAGAAUAUAUUAUAAAGGGCAUAUCCCAGAAAAGCUAGAGACCUUUGUUUCCCUUCAUAGAUGAUAACUUGACUGUAUUUUAGCACUGUUAAAGCACGAAUUGGUAACAGUUGUUUCAUAAAUGAGCACUGUUGUGAUAACACCAGCAUUCAUUUAGCUUGAUUGAUAUCAUCGUGCUCUCAUUGGCUAAAGCAUUAUAAGCAUCAAAUUUACAACAUUGGUUUCCCAGUAUUUAAUAUAAAUAUACCAUAUAAUAUAUUGUUUGUGAAUUAUUGAGAAAUGUAACAUUCAGAUUUCUAAAAUUGUCUGCCAAAGGCUUAUUCAUUCUGGUUUUGUUUGCUGUUGGGUGUUUGCGGCAGAGUUAACCAAUUUUCCAUGGUGUCUUUAUACUUUACUGGUUUGUGAAUUUUAUACAAUUGAAAGUCUUUUUUCCUUGCUGCUUUCUUCUCUUCUCAAGUUUCCCCCGUUUCUACUUUAUUUUUUGUUCUAACCAUUUCUACUACAGUUUUUUCCUUAUGGACCCAUGCUAGGUUGUACAAACUUUAAGGACUCCUUACCAUUUGCAGUUACCAUAAGUGCUUUAUCUUCUCUAUGCACAGGCUUCAACUUGACUGUUGUAUGUUAGCAUAUUUUCUAUGCAGCAGUUGGUCACCUUCAACUCAAAACACUGUUUUCUUAUGUUUGUUACAAAGUUAAUUUUUUGAAAGUACUCAGUAGCAUGACAAUUUUUAGACCUGCAGGUUAGCUAUUUUAGCUCAAGCUUUUUUGUUUGUUUUUCCUUCAUUUUCUUCGCAUCUGAGGUUUCUUUCUCUAAUCCACUGAAAUUAUUGUGUGCUAAAUUUGGGAAACAGAUCUAUUCUAACUCAUUAACCCAGUUGAAAUUUAGGUCUGUCAUCUUAAUAUAUCAUGCAGUAAAAGGAAGAAUCUUUUUAAAGUGACUCACCUUUCAUGCUGCUCCAGCAUUGUCCUGCUUGUGCUGAUGGUGUGAUUAGGUGUAGAGAAUUUGCUUAAAUUUAACCUCAAAGUUUAUCACACAGCUUAAUGAGUCACAUUGAAAUAUUCAGUAAUUGAACUGCAAAUCACUUUUAGUUACAAAAAGAGCUAAAGCAUGUCAGUGGCAUGAUGCUUGCCAAGCCAGAUCUAGGCAUCUAGGAUAAUUAAGGUAUUUUAGUACGCAAUUUACUGCCAUAAUAUCAAAGGUCAGUAACAGUGUUCUUUCUUUCUUCAAGCUUACGUAUACCUUUAAAGAUAACUUGCAUGAAUUACUUUGAUUACUUUGGUCUCAAUUAUUUGUCACCCUAGUUAAACAUGAAAGGUUGCAGUGCUUCCUGUUCCCUUACUGGAAGUUAGCUUUUUCUUUUCUCUUCCUUUCUUCCUGCCUUUCUCUCUCUCUCUCUCUGUCUCUCUCUCUCUCUCCUUUCUUUCUCUUUCUCUCUCUCUCCUUUCUUUCUCUUUCUCUCUCUCUCCCCUUUCUUUCUCUUUCUCUCUCUCUCCUUUCGUUCUCUUUCUCUCUCUUUCUCUCUCUCUUUCUCUUACAGAUUGGCUAAUGCCACAGAAAGGGCUCUUUUAACUUAAGAUAAGUGAAAAGUACGAAAAAAGAUUCAGGUAAUUAUCAUUCAGCACUUUAUUGUAAUUCAGAAUAAAAUUUAUGAUGGCAUAUUUGCCCUGCAUAUGUCUUAAUGAAGUUGUUCUGAAUAAAAAGCUCCUUAUUGAUUUGAGAAAAACUCAGUUUACCUGUGAGUUUAAUGAGCUGGAUCACUCACUUGGAUUUUUUGUGUUGACAUUUUAUUCUGAGGGUUGAUGUUACACUAUUUAAGGCGUCAUCAAUGCAAACAGUCACAUUAGGUUUGUCAUCAUAUUUAGUUAGUAAAAACCUUGUAAUGAAGUGUAGUAAAUAAGAGAACGUUAGACUUUUUGGUUAAAUAAUUGAUUUAAUUUUUAAAAGAUAUUCUUACUCAUUUGCUUGGUUGUAAAUUUAAUUUCACCAUUAAGAAAAGGUAAAUUGGAUAUAAAUGAGUGCUCUCCAACCUUUUGAUGAAGAGGUUUUACUAUCUCUUAUUGUGGGAAAAUUUGAUGAAAUAUUUGAACUGUCACAUGUAUUAAUACUUUGUGAUUUAGACCAAUAUUCUAGAAAUAUCAAAUGUCAGUAUUUUGAAAUCAUCUGCCUCUAACUUUGUGGUAUAAGAAUUAUAUAUCAAUAAGCUAUUAUUUUUAUAAAGGAAAACUUUGCCAUUAUAGUAAAUUACAUUAGUUGAUCUCAAUAAUUUGAGGAUAAAAGAUGACAAUUGGAUUUUUAAUUGAUUUAGUAUUUCCUCCUCCUCUUUGGGGGCUGGGUGGGAGGCUUAUAUGUUCUUAGAGUGAGGCCCAUCUCACUGUUUUGCAGCUGAAUUUGAAUUUUGCAACUUCUGUGUAAAGUAAGGAUUUCUUUAAAUAGCAUUUUUGCACCACUAAAAAUAGAUAACUUAGAACUCAGUCUUGAUAACUGAAAUGACUUAUUUCACUUAGAAUACAUUUCUCCCUUCUCUGCCAUCUCCGCAAAUGCCAUUGGGAGGUUUUGAAAACCCGGUUCAUUUAAUAGCUCAAAAUUGUCCCUGAUUUUAUUUUCUUUUAGGGAAAAUUGUUUCAUAAAUGUGACACUGAUAAAGCCUUUGUCAGAAAGUAUUCUCAAAAUUAUGAGAUGGAUUAUAACAAAAUACUUAAAUUUGUGUUAUUUUUUGAACCACAGAUGAGUACAUUUAAUAAUGAACCAGUUACACUCAUGUGAGUCUAACUAAACUGUACACUGUAGCAUGGUGUUAUUGACUGGAGUUAAUGUGUAAAGUUAUUAACAUUUCUAUGAAAAUACCCUUUUGGGGCCUUCUGAAUUUUAGAUGUUCCACUGUUUUGAUCAUUCCUGUAAAAGAAAUGGUCAUUUUACUCAGAUGCCAGUCUACUUUAUAAAGACAAAUGGAUUAUAGACUUAAAAAAGUCAUUUUUCUUAUUCAUAAAUCUGACAGGCAUAAACUCAAAUCAAAGAUAAUUUGGUGCCCAUUAUGAAUUUGAAGUUCAGUGAUAGCUCUGUAAUGUGACUACCUUAAUGUGUAUAGAGACCCCGGUCUACUAUGAUUUGGGAAAAUUGUUUAGGUUAUAUGGGAAAAGUAGCUCUUUAAAAAUCAUACUGCCCAACAGAAACCUUAGGCUGAAUUUACAAGUAUGAUAAUUUUUAAUUAAUUUUCUUAGAAUUGUGCAGGCUGGAUGAGAUAAUAAUAUACUCUUUUACACUGUAACAGCAGCAUUAUUGCCUAGAACUUUAACCAUUAUAGGGUUAGAUACUAAGGAAACAAACUAAUUGGUCAUCAUCAUUUUCUUUUUCUCUUUUUCUUUUCUUGUUUUUUUUUUUUUUUUUUUUUUUGCCCUUAUGUAUCACUAAACAACUAGUUUCUCUCCCUUUUGUCAGUUCCCAUUGUGUGUUUUUUCAAAAGAAGUACUGUAUUCGGAUGCCAGCUAAUAAAUUGUCACACAAUGGAAAAUCAUAUGCCACAACAUUCAUUGUAAGGUUUAAUAAAAUUAAAUUUGCACCAAA